AUGCACGGAGUCAAGCGUACCCGCGUCUCCCCCGAGGCUGCCGAGGCCAAACGCAUCAAGGAGCAGAGCAAGAUUCAGGCUUACGUUGCGUUGCAAGACGAUGUCCUUGCCAGCAAACGUGCAAAGGAAUACACUGUGGAAGCUCUCGGCAAGACGAACCAGCUGCUCGACUUGAACCCAGAGUUCUAUACUAUCUGGAACUACCGUCGCAACAUCCUCACGCGUGGCCUCUUCCCCGAGUCUACCCCUGAAGAAAUUGUUGGUCUGCUUACAGGUGAACUUCGCAUGACAAUGGCGUACCUCCGGGUACACCCAAAGGUGUACUGGAUCUGGACACACCGUAUGUGGUGUCUCGAGAACGUACCCCUUGGUCCUGGCGAGAGCAAGGGAUGGCGAAACGAGUUCUGGAAGACCGAGUUUAUGAUUGUUGAGAAACUCCUCGACGCUGAUGCACGGAACUUCCACGCGUGGUCAUACCGUCGUUAUGUCGUCGAGUCGUUGCCUGCGUCCUUCUCCCCUGCACGCUCACCCGCCGACGAACUCAAGUACACGUCCAAGAAGAUUGAAUCCAACUUUUCCAACUUUUCAGCAUGGCAUUACCGGACAAAGCUGCUUGGCAAGAGCUGGGCCGAAAUUACCCCAGAAGAGGUGGCAGACGAAAAGGACCAAGAGUUUGAACUCGUAACGCAGGCCCUCUGGACCGAUCCCGGAGACCAGUCUGGAUGGUUGUACCACCGAUGGCUCAUUGGCCACAAUCCUUCCCCACAGGUCCUUGCGCGCGAGCUCGAGUCCAUUCAAGAGCUGCACAAGGAGGAGCCCGAUUCAAAGUGGUGCAUGAAUGCUCUCGCCCAUUACCACCUCCUCUCGGCUCGUCUGGCAUCAGCAUCAGAAACUGAUGUCACCAAGCAUCGCGCCGAGGCAAAGACGAUCCUGGAGCGGCUCGAGGUCAUCGACGAGGACCGCAAGGAGCGGUAUCGCGAACUUGCUAGCCAUUACUAG